AGAAGGAGGCAAGCGGGGGAGCAAAGGUUUGGCUGCCGAAGGAAUAGAAAAUCACACACAAGCAAAAGAAAAUAAAAGAAAUGGGAGGCGAUUAUGUCAAGGCCGUCUUCGGACGGCCGAAUUUCAUGCAUCGGCCAUGCCGCCCCAUCAUAAUCCACUCCUUUCCUCGACGUUUCCCCCCGCUCUCCCCCUUCGACGAUCGAAGGAGCCAUGGGCUGCGUCCAGUGCAGGCCCUCCGCCCUCAGCUCUCCUCCCCACCUCGAGAAGAUGAAACGCGACCACGACUACGUCGCCCGCGGCGGGGCGGCGGCGGCGAAGAGGCAGCAGCACAGGGCCACCCCGUACCAUGCGCACAGCAGGGGAAGGGAGGAAAGGGCCCUCGCAAGGGAAGGGCAGAAGGAGAGCAAGAUCGAGGCAGUCGCACCUGAUCCGUCGAAGCCGGUGAGCGGAGACGGUGGGGCGGCGGACGAGCUGGUGGACGGCUGGCCUCGCUGGCUCACGGACAAUAUCCCCCGGGAGGUGCUGGCCGGGUUGGUGCCUAAGAGCGCCGACUCCUACGACAAGCUCGAUAAGGUAGGCCAGGGGACCUAUAGCAACGUGUACAAAGCUCGAGACCGUGAUACUGGAAAGAUUGUCGCUCUGAAAAAGGUUCGUUUUGAUACAUCAGAAUCUGAGAGCGUGAGAUUUAUGGCAAGAGAAAUUAUGAUAUUGCAAAAGCUGGAUCAUCCUAAUGUCAUCAAGCUUGAAGGGCUGGCUACUUCGAGAAUGCAGUAUAGCCUUUACUUGGUCUUUGACUUUAUGCAGUCUGACUUGGCAACGGUUAUCUCCCGCCCUGGUGGCAGGCUUACUGAACCACAGGUUAAGUGCUACAUGCAGCAGUUGUUGUCUGGUCUACUGCACUGCCAUGAGAGGGGAAUUCUACAUCGAGAUAUUAAGGGUUCCAACUUGUUAAUAGACAAGCAUGGAGUGCUGAAAAUUGCUGACUUUGGCCUUGCAAACUAUUUCAGUCCAAACAACAAACAGCCACUUACAAGCAGAGUAGUGACACUAUGGUAUAGGGCACCAGAACUGCUUCUGGGCAGUAGGCAUUAUGGCAUUGGUAUUGAUCUCUGGAGUGCAGGUUGCCUUCUUGGUGAGAUGUUUGCUGCGAGGCCAAUUAUGCCUGGUAGGACUGAGGUUGAGCAACUCCAUAGGAUAUUUAGGCUCUGUGGAACCCCACCAGAGGACUACUGGAGAAAGCUAAAGUUGUCUACUACCUUCCGACCUCCACAACCUUACAAACCAAGUAUCUUGGAAACUUUUAAAGAUUUCCCUUCUUCUGCCUUGCAUUUGCUGACCAUACUUCUUUCACUGGACCCCUCAUAUCGUGGUACUGCAGCUUCUGCUUUGCAAAGUGAGUUCUUUACCUCAAGCCCAUUGGCUUGUGACCUUUCGGGCCUCCCUGUAAUUUAUAAUGAAGAAAAUGAUGAACCAGCUCAACCAUAUGAAAAGCGAAAGCGCAAAGUUUCCAAAGUGAAGCAUCGGUCUUGCACACAAAAAGAUAACCAAAAAAAUAUGGGACAAAUUAUUGUCAAAACAAAAGCUGAUUUUGGAUCUUCCAAAGAGGAGAAGGCUGCACAUCAGACAAGACAUAGCCAAGAAUUGGGUUGCAGUACGGGAAGCACUUCCUCUAGUGUACAGCCCAAAGUCUUUGUGGCUCCACCUGCAUCCCUGUCACCAGUGACAUCCUCCGUCCAAAGACAAUCACGCAGAACAGAAACCCAUCCUUCAGCCUCUAGGAGUAUCAAGAACUUGCCUCCGUCACCAACCUUGGAGGCAAAUGCUGGAGGCGACAAAGAAGGAAUUGACGGCAUGCGCCGAUAUGGUUUGGGAAAGAGGUCUGCCUCCACUUCAGAUUUUCGCAGUUAUAGUGGAAAACUUACAGCUGAACAUUAUGUUCUUGUUGAUUAGAAUGGUACAAAAAACUUUUUCUUGUUAUGAUACUUAUGUGUCAUUUCAGUGAGUCAAUCUCCCUUAUGUGUCAUUGUUCAAUCAUAGAAACUGGGUUAGUAGCAAAUAAGAUGAUGUCCAAUUGACAUAAUUCAUUUCCUUAGUGGUUUAGAGGUUGUCCUUAAACUGGAAAUGCAAGCAGAAUCAGGUAAAUAAUGUAUUUAGAAGGAUGUUUGCAUAUGCUCUGAUAAUGGUAUUGUGUGGAUUACAGCUCAUUGGAGCAUCCAGGGAAAAGAAAUCCCAUAAAUGCAGGGAUGGAAAUUGGG